AAUAAAAAUCUUACCGAGGACGAGUUGAAUGCUCUUAUUGCUCAUGCUCACUUGAAGGUGGACCACUUGAGAAGACAAUUGUCGGAACAACAGGUGCGUGAGGAGCAACAUAUCGCCCGUGCUAUCGCCGACCAACGCGAAGCGGAUGAGCGUAUCGCUGCCGAACGUCUCAGAAUCGAGCUGCAGCGUGUUCAACAACAGCAAGACGUAGAAAUAGAAAGAGCUGUGAUGCAAAAACGCUCACUGUGGGAAACUGAAUUGGAAGACCAGCUAAGAAGAACAGCAGCCGCACAUUCAGAGCAUUUGGAGCAAGUUAUUCGUACACAGCGUCAACUUUUUGAAAUAGAGCAUAACCAGAAGGUUGAAGAGGCGGUUAGGCUCGAACGUGAUCAUCAUAGUCGUGAAGUUGGUGCAGCGCUGAGUCGCUUAGCAGGCAUUGAAUCGGCUUUGAAUAGUAGAGUUGCAAUGGAUUCCGAGAAUCGUCGCGCAAAGCAGUUUUGGAUUGCUUGUCACAAUUUAAUUGAGUCUAUCAAGCAUGGUAACAAAGCAGGCGAAGACAUGGAGAAGCGUCGACUCCCGCUAGAAGAAUCGUUAUCACUUCUACAACAGUGUGAACACGAGGAUGCUUUCGUGACUGCAUUGAUCACUGCGUUCCCAGAAGUUUCGAAGACGAAAGGAGUUUACACGGAACAGGACCUGAAAAAUCGAUUCAAAAAGGUACAUUUUUUCCGAAGAGGGAAGUUUACUGUGAUUGCUGAGCAAGAGGGAAUGCGGUACGUUGUUCUACGGGUAAUCUUGAGUCGUCAUUGA